UGAAUUAAAACAGUGAUGCGCAAAUGUCGCUUUGUCAAAGAAAUGGGUACGGUCAGAAAAUGGUUCGCGAAGCAUGCGAAAUGCUGAAAAAUAUAUUUGAAAUGCCUUUAGUUAAUGGGCAUUCAGAAUGGGAGGAUGUAUAGGAAUUAGGAGGAAUAGAGAUGACGCCACAGAAGAUAUUUCAGGCAAUAUAACGAGGCCAAAUUCAGGAAACACCCGUAAGAACCAUCCCCUGUGUCAUGAGACAAUUCGGUGGAAGUCUGAUGUGCCAUUGACAGAAGGACAAUUGCGAAGCAAAAGGGAUGAGUUCUGGGACACAGCACCAGCUUUUGACGGUCGGAAGGAGAUUUGGGAUGCCUUACGAGCUGCAGCGGUAGCAGCAGAAUCAUCAGAUUAUGAACUUGCGCAAGCCAUCCUAGAUGGGGCGAACAUAUCAGUUCCUAAUGGUUUCUUGACUGAAUGCUAUGAUGAGCUUGGCACUCGUUACCAAGUGCCUGUGUAUUGUUUGUCGUAUCCCAUCAACAUUGUGAAAGAAGAUAAUGGUAGAGAUUCCCCAGCAGAAUGCUCAGAACCAGUUGAUGGAGGCUUGGAAAUGAUUUUGAAGCUAAGGCUGUCUUCUACGUGCACUGAUGUCAAACUUACAGUGUCGACGAGAGAUACUAUUGGAAUGGCAAAAAGAAAAUUGCAGUUGCAGGAAGGUCUCGAACCUUCUCGCCAGCGAUGGUUUUUUGGUGGGAAACUCCUUGGUGACAAGCUUCGCAUUGAAGAGACGAAAGUUUUACCUGGAUAUGUUGUGCAAGUAAUUGUCAAUAAUGACCAGACAUCUGCUGCAGAGACUUGAACUGUAUCUUCAAAGUGACCUUUUCAUUUUUAAAAAGGAGUUUAGAUUUGUUAUAAUGGUUGGCAUAAAAGAAAAAUGACUGUUAUUUCCUAAUAGAUAUGUACAUGUGUGUAUGUGAGGUAUAAAGGUGUGUCUAAUAUGAAAACGGGUGUAUAUUGUUUACUAAUCACAUCUGUAAGUUGUGUAAUGUUGUGAAUUUUCUAAAAACUGCAAUUAUAUUGCAUUCUUCUUGCACAGAAGUCUCAGUUUUUAUCGGCCUUAUUUUAAUGGUAUACUAAAGAGGCAGAAAAUGCUGUGAUAAUGGAUACUCACAAAAUGCCAUGCACAGAGGAACAUUGUGAGUCCUUUAUUUCACAAUGAAACUCCAUUUUCUCUUUGCUAAGUUUGUAGUUUCAAAUUUUAUUCUGCAGACAGAGUGUAAUUAACAGAUUCACUGUAUCAGACAGCAAAACUUGCUUUUCCAACAAGCACUGUUUCCAGCAGUAGUAAUUGUUCUAGUCUUAAUAUUUCUUAGUGUUGCUUUCAUAAACUACUGACAGUGAAUAUGAAUAGUUUUAUCACUUCAUUGCUUUUGGAGCUGAUUAUUCUGAGACUUUAUUUUUGUUACAGUGUUAAUAUUUUUUCCUGUUUUACAUGGUGCAGGGAUUUGUCGUUUCACAAUUGCUGAUUAUAAAUUAGCAUUUCAUAGGUAUUAUUUGUGUCAGAAGCCUCUCAUCAUCAUACGUGUCUCAUUAGACAUGUUUUAAAAUAUUACAGAGGGUUCUGUAGUUUUCUGUGAUGAUUUAAUGUUUGGUCUUAUAUAAUAGCAUAAAACUAGUUCAGUUAUUGCUUUUUAUUUAUGCAGAAGCAAGGUUUUGAUUUAAGCAAGAGCAAAGAAGUCUGUGUUCAGAUCAGUGCCAAACAAGCAUUCCAAUCAAUAUUACACAGUUUUUGUGCCUAAGAAAUAAAUGUAAAUACAGCUGUGUCUGUUUAUGUUUAAAACUAGACUGAAACAGAUGCUCUCCUUAGUAUGGCUGCAUUGAAAUUUAGGUGUCAGGUUCAAAACCUGUUUCUGACAAGAUUUCAGUUUUUAAUUUUUGGAAGAAAAUUAGAUUCCUCUCGUCAUAACUAGAGUGACAAAAUAUGGAAGGAAAAGCUGUUGAUGGAAAAAAAUUAUUUACUUAUGUUUUUUGAUUUGUGUGUGGUUUUCAAAAGUGCAGUGAUGUGCAGUUGUUGGAAGUGACAAUAAUACACAGUUGAGUUUGACUUGCUUGUCACAGGAGAAAAAGAAGUUCCUCCUAGUUUGUCACUUACAGAACUUUUGAGAAACCACUAGGGAAUAACCACCCACAAUGCCAUUUAUAAUGUAAUUAGUGGCAUUUUCCUUUCCCAGCUUGUUGUGUUUGUUAUGAGGAGGAUGGCAAUUUGGCAAAAUAAUGAGUUACAAUAAGGGCUGGCCAAGUUAAAAGAUCUUUUAUUUUUAAUGAUGUACUUACAUUUUGAGUAUCACUUCUGUACAUUGCAGUUUCUCAGGUAAUUUUAUCUUUGUAACUGUGGCAUGUAACAUAAAUUUCGUAAAUAAAUCAUUUACUGAAUGCCCUCA